AUGGGGGUGGGGAGUGGGAUGCCGACCGUUAACUCCCACGUGUCGUCCUGCUGCCUGAAGACGGAGCUCACCCUGGGCUUGCCCGGCGGUCAGAAGACGUCCAAGUCCGGCUCGAAGCGCGGAUUUUCCGAGACUGUGGAUUUGAGACUGGGUUCCAGUUGUGACGAUGAAGUUAGUGUUUCAACACCACCUCCCUCGAAGGCUCAAGUUGUGGGGUGGCCGCCAGUGAGAUCAUACAGAAAGAACAUGAUGAAAAACUGCAAAUAUGUGAAAGUGGCUGUGGAUGGGGCUCCAUAUUUGAGAAAAGUUGAUCUGGAGAUUUACACUAGCUAUCAGCAGUUGUUGGCUGCAUUGGAGGAAAUGUUUACAUGCUUAACCAUAUGUAAUGUUGUCAAUGAGAGGAAGAUCAUGGACAGUUCAAAUGGCACAGAGUAUGUGCCUACUUAUGAGGAUAGAGAUGGAGAUUGGAUGCUGGUUGGAGAUGUUCCUUGGAAAAUGUUUGUUGAAUCAUGUAAGAGGAUGAGGUUGAUGAAGAGCUCUGAGGCUGUUGGAUUAGCUCCUAAAACAUCUUCAAAGGGCUUAAGCAAAAGUUGAUAAAAGCAAGUGGUUCUUUGGCAAUUCCUUGGGUGAGAGUAUUUUCUUGUACAGAGACAGCCUUCUUUUGCUGUUUUCAAGGAGUUUAUACCCUGCUAUAGAUUUCAGGAAUUUACUUGAAUGUAACAAAUCUUUGAUGUACUUCACUAGAUGUAUUGAAAAUUUUGGGCUUCAGUUUUUCUGGAAUUUUAAUACACUUCUUACCCCUAA